CAUCUCCGGUACUAGGAAGGGAGCUUCGAAUUUUCCGCUCUUGCUGAGCCAGAUGGUAUAUGGAUCUAGUCAAGCUUCAUUCGUUAUUGUUAACGUCUUCGGCACCAAAUGCCUGUAUCAUCACUUCAACUCACAUCACAGCCUAUCACUGAGGCUUCACUCUCCGCCUUUCCCGCAUUGUCGUCGUUACAGGAUGUAAGAACGGGUACACUAUUAUUUGCAAACGUAUAUGGUAUCGCGCCAAGCCAGGCUAAGGUAUAAAAACCUCAGUGAAGCAAUGAGUUUUCUUACUGAGCUGGCCUCAUUCAAACUCGUGUACUACAACAUCCACUUUCAGCUUGAUUCUCUUACACUACUUCUCUAGAGUCAUCGAUAUCUAACGCCUGACUUAACGACUUUACGACAAAUUCAAUAACGACAAUGUUCAGCCCAAUCACGAAAUUUGCCUUUGCUUUGACCUUUGUAUCGGGUCUCGCACUUGUUGCUGUCCCAUCGAACGCUUCACCAAUCAAUUCUACUCUAAUAGCAAGAUCGAACACUGGCGACGGCACGUUCUAUGCUCCUGGAAUGGGUGCUUGUGGUAUCACGAACAGUGCCAGUGACUUGAUAGCAGCAAUGGCCGAGGCAACAUUCGACAGCUACCCAGGUGCCACAGGAAACCCGAAUAAUAACCCAAUUUGUAACAAGAAAGUACAGGCGACCUACCAAGGGAAAUCUGUGACCGUAACAAUCACCGACAGAUGCGCUGGGUGUGCUGGACAGUUUGAUCUUGAUUUCUCUCCCGCUGCCUUCGAUCAACUCGCAGAUGAAAGUGUAGGAAGAAUUCAUGGAAUGACUUGGGACUAUGUUUAGAUUAGUGUUGAGUGCUGUGCUCGGGUGGGCGUUUAAGUAGUAGCUGAAUGGCUCAUUGGGACCUCGUAUAAGAUAAACGUACUUGGAGUGCGUAGUGGAGUCUAAUCAACAUGAGAAAUUAGUGUUUUGUGGUCUUUGAAUUUUUUGUGGACUGGAUACUUCGGUUUU